CCCGGGGUCAGUGAACGCCUCCUGUGUCUGGGGCAGCCUGGCAGUGAGGAUGAGGAGCUGCGGUGAAAUGUGUCGAAGACUCGGCUGUGUCUGCUCCAUGAGGCGGUGACUGUCUCCAGCCUGAUCCCGCCCUGCUCCCCCGGCUCUCACACACCGUGACCGAACCCGAGCCCGUCCCGCAGAUCGCCGCACAUUCCCCGCACAGCCCGGACCCCGCAGACGUUACGUGUGGACAAUGGAAUCUCACCUUAUGCCGGACAGUAUCCGCCCUCAGCGGCUGCAGCCGGGUAUCGGAUUCGGUUCGGGACCCACCGGGACCCUCCGCUCCUCGUCGCUCCGGCCCGGGGUCACGGUCCCCAUCGCGCCGCUGCUGCCGUCCCCGGCCUCCCUGGCCGCGUCCUGCGGGCCUCCCCCGCCACCGCCUCCGCUGCAGUUCCACAGCCUGUACGGCGGCAUCGGGGCCGGGCUGGGGCCGGGGGUUGCCGGCCACUGCAACCCGGGGAACCCGGCGGUGCUGAAGGAGGCGGUGGAGGCUGUGGUCCGCAGCUUCGCCAAACACACACAGGGCUACGGCAGAGUCAACGUGGUGGAGGCUUUACAGGAGUUCUGGCAGAUGAAGCUGACCAGAGGGGCCGACCUGCGCAACGGAGCUUUAGUUGUUUAUGAAAUGGUCCCGUCCAACAACCCGCCAUAUGUCUGCUAUGUUAGCCUUCCAGGAGGCAGCUGCUUCGGAAGUUUCCAGUUCUGUCCCACGAAGGCCGAGGCCAGACGCAGCGCGGCCAAGAUCGCCCUCAUGAACUCUGUUUUCAAUGAACAUCCGUCCCGUCGCAUCACAGACGACUUCAUCGAGAAGAGCGUGAGCGAGGCUCUGGCCUCCUUCAAUGGAAACAGAGAGGAGGCCGACAAUCCCAACACGGGGAUUGGAGCGUUUCGCUUCAUGCUCGAGUCCAACAAAGGAAAAUCCAUGCUGGAGUUUCAGGAGCUGAUGACUGUGUUUCAGCUACUGCACUGGAACGGAAGCCUCAAAGCCAUGAGAGAGCGACAGUGUUCCCGACAGGAGGUGCUGGCCCACUAUUCCCACCGGGCUCUGGACGACGACAUGCGCACCCAGAUGGCGGCCGACUGGGUGAACCGAGAGCAGAGCGUGGCGAGCACCAUCGCACAGGAGCUGGCCUCCACAGAUCGGGAGCUGGAGGACGCCCGACUGGCGGGCAGAGAACUGCGUUUUUACAAAGAGAAGAAAGACAUCCUGAUGUUAGCCGUGGGUCAGCUCAAUGCGGCCAACACCGCCACCCUGCCGUCACGCUAAGCCCGGCUCGUGGAAUCAUGCCUUCACACCCCGCAGGAUUCCUGUUAACAGUAUUGAACAUUUCACAGAGAUAAAGAUGAGUCGUCUGAUAUCUUAAAACCCUUUGUAUCAUAUGUUUCUUCACGAGGACCAGGUAAUCAGCACUUGAUUUUACAGUAUGCACAUCCCACCACCAAACAAACACCUGCCACUACAGCUGUUUCCUCUUUGUGCCUAGUGAUUACAGGAAAACUACUUUUCUAUAUACUACCUGUAUACUUGGCGAACUAGCUUACGGGGUAACACAUGUUUUUUUUCUUUAUUCCAGACUGUAACAAACAAAACCUGCCUUUCAUCUGUGAAUGUACAGGUCAUGAGGUAAAAUGACCAACAAACCAAACACGGCUGAGGUGACGAUCAUUUGUAAAUCCGAUCAAAGAGUUUCUUUAAUGUUGUGGGUGCGUUCACUCGCACAUCUCGGGGUCAAAGUGGUAAAAAAGCAGCAAAGAGAAUACAAACCAGAAUCUUAAAACCCAGACAGCCAGUUACGUGUGACCACUAAGGAGAUAAUUCUAAAACAGCAAUCUAAUGGAAGCACAUCACAGUGAGAUAUUCUUUAAGUUUAAGAGCGCAACAGUUACAUUAUUGAAAAAAUACUUCAGCAGGAGACUGAACGCUCCGACAGCAGCUCAGGUUUUUAAAACAUCCAUCCUUUGUGUGAACUAUUCCUGCGUUCAUUGACACUAGCUGAAUGUUUAUUCUCAGUGUGCUCUCAGCUUCUGCAGCUAUCCAGGUGAAGCUCCAUGACAGAGUUUGUGUUUGUCAUCAGAAGAGCUGGUGAGAGUCUCAUCGACGUCAACAAACAGUCUCACACAAAAACGAGUCAAAGGAUCCUUUUUAACAAGACGAUGUACAAUGUGUGAGUCACGUGUGAGUCAUUGUCGUCAAUACUAAACAGCACCAGUGUUUGUGGUUUAUGGUUUUCAGGAUAUUGGAAGCAGAGUUCAGUUCUUAGCUGUGCUGGUGAACGUCCACGAGCUCAAAUGUAACUCGCACUUAAUCACCUUUUUACAUAGAAGGACCUGAUCUAUUUUAUAGUGUAAAUGUGAUAUCCUUUUAAUUCCCUGUGUGACAUAUCUAAAAAUGUAUUUUUUAUUACAUUAUAAGAAUGAAGGCAUUUCAAAGAGUCCCUUUUUAAAAACCCUGUGAAAGGGGAUUGAGAGUUUAAUUAAUAAUGUGCGGCUCUGGUUCGAAAGAAAAAUGUUUGCAGUGAGUUCUGCGAGUUAAACAGCGGGAGGGCUCGUGCUUCUGCUCAAUGUUGGAUCGUCAACAGCAGAAACUGAUUUCAUGAAAUUCAGGCAGCCUGCAAAUUAAAAACAAAGGGGGCAGGAAUGUUUGUACGAUUAAAGCUAGAUCCGUUUGAAUAUUCUAUUGCCGUAUUUCUCUCUGGGACCAUUGUGCCUUUAAGUAAAUUGGUAGCCUGUUGUGGUUAGACUCAUUAAACUCCAUUUAAAUGGGUCUUUAAAAGUUAAAGCUACUCUACUUUACGUCUUUUGUCUUACGUGUAAAGGUGAUGUUACGUUACAUGUUGUAGUGUGCAGAUUACACACUAUAUUACUGUUACAAUACCUUAAUAUGUUCUUAUGAAGGAUUUUUUUUUUAUCUCACUACGUUUGUUAUACAUUUAUAACCAUUAUAUGUCAUUGGUUUGGUACUGGGCUUGCAAAAUAUGGAGUCAGCUCCACCAAGAGAAACAGGUUUUGUCCUCUCAAUACUGAAAUGUUUAAAGAGACAGUUGAACUCUAUACAGCAGCUUGAAUUCAGCCUUGUUCAUCUCACAUUCGCUCAAAGACUCCCAGCUAAAGAUUCUUUUGUCAGUGAUUGUAUCGUCCCGUGAAGUCCGACUUCAUGCUUUAGUGCUGGUGCACUCGUAUUGAACGUUUCCAAAUGAGCUGGUUACAGGAAUGAGGCUGGAGAUCUUGAAUUAUUUGUUUUUGCAUUUUUCCUCUUAAUUAAGUUGCUUAUUGUUAUUGUCUGUUUGAUUUCUGACAACAAGCCAUUCAUCUCAGAGCUCCAUUCUUCUGACAAAUGCCUUUGACCUUUCUUUGUGAUCAUUAUCAAUGAAGACUUUUCAAAAACAGUAUAUUUUUUGCUAUCCACUUUAUAAAAAAGAAACAAACUUGGGCUUUUCAUCUUUUGGCUUUAAUGCAUGAUGUUGUUGAUUUCUGUUUUUCUAUGUUUCAUAUUCGAUACAGUAUUGUUUUUGAAGUGUUCCUGAAGACCAUUCUUGUAUGUAUUUUCUAUGAACAUUUUGUAUCUCAUGUUUAUAAUUUUAGUAGAUUUAUAUGAUGUAAUAAAUUGGCUGAUACAAAUCUUUA